AAUGUGGAACCAUAACUCCCACCACAGGUGGUUAAACGCCACUACGCCAGUUAUAAUAUAUUAUUACUCCGUCACUCAGAUCGCACUAACAAUAAAAUGGCUAAAGGGGUGUCAGUUCCUUACUCUCAUGUCGACUGCAGCUUGCGAGCUCUCGCCGGUCAGGCAGAGGGCUUCGGUCACUUCACUGUCGGUGGACAUCACGGAGCCAUCUAUCAUGUUACAACCUUAUCAGAUGACGGGCCCGGAUCACUACGCUUUGGAUGUCGAAAGAAAGAACCUUUGUGGAUUGUUUUUGAAGUUUCGGGUACUAUUGAACUUCGGUCUCAUUUGAGUGUUUCGUCUUACAAGACCAUUGAUGGGCGGGGACAACGAAUUAAGUUAACAGGCAUGGGGCUUAGGCUAAAAGAAUGUGAACAUGUGAUCAUAUGCAACUUAGAGUUUGAAGGCGGUAGAGGACACGAUGUAGAUGCCAUUCAAAUCAAGCCCAAUUCGAAACACAUAUGGAUUGAUCGUUGUAGCCUCAAAGAUUAUGCAGAUGGAUUGAUUGAUAUCACCAAAGAAAGCACAAAUGUUACCAUUUCUCGUUGUCACUUUUCGAACCAUGACAAAACAAUACUUAUCGGAGGUGAUGCUUCCAACUGUGGUGAUAGAUGUAUGCGUGUCACUAUUCACCAUUGUUUCUUUGAUGGGACCCGACAACGGCAUCCUCGUGUUAGGUUUGCUAAAGUACAUCUGUACAACAAUUACACCAGAGACUGGGGCAUUUAUGCUGUGUGCGCCAGUGUCGAAUCACAGAUAUACUCACAAUGCAAUAUAUACGAAGCGGGUCAGAAGAAGGUCGCUUUUAAAUACCUUACGGAGAAGGCGGCUGACAAAGAGGAGGAGUGCACAGGCUGCAUUAUAUCCGAGGGUGACCUGUUUCUGGACGGUACUAAAUCGGGCUUAUUGGAACCAGCCGCAACAAGUAGCCCGUUUCAUCCUAACGAAUACUACCAGAUAUGGACGGUUGUGCCUGCAACAAACGAGCUCAAACAUGUUCUACAACAUUGUACAGGAUGGCAAGAUGUUCCACGCCCACCUGGCCUGUAAGCAAGUGCAUGAUUUUCUGUAUGCAUAUAGAUUUGUUGACAUAUGUGAGCAUCCAAGACAUGUACUUUCUAUAUUUCCGUAUUAUAUGUUCAUGUGUUAAUCCUCUUCUCAUGUCAUUUACCAAAACAGUUGGAUCUAUCUGGUAUACGUUAACAAAGGAAAAAAUCAUAUCGUCUAUUCAAAUGUAGUUUCUUGUUCUUCGUAGGAUUCUUUUACAGGUGUCUAAUAUUUGUAGCAGACUUUUGAAUGGAAUUCGAGUUUCUGAUA